AUGGACCUGAACGAUGGCCGACUUCAGUCCAGCCCAAGCACCAUUGGCCUCUCCUCUCCCCCACGUCCACCGCCAGCACGCAACACCAAGCAGAAGCGUGCUCCCUCCAUAACCCCCCGCAAGUUCAAUGCCUUCUUCGCCCGUCGGUCGACGCGUCUCGCCCCGAAUGGCGCCUCGGUGAGCCAGAGCUCACGUGCCUUGGGUGCCAUCACCGGCUCGGCCAUUAAUAGACGCCAGCGCCAGAUCCGAGACGCACCAAUUCCAAUGAAACCUCUGGGGAACCCCAAUGCCGAUGAUGUCCAGGACGAGAACGACCAUGACGACGACGACAAGCCCGAGAGCCAGACCCCCAGGCAGUCCAAGAAGCGCAAGACGGGCCACCACACCCCUCCCGACUCGUCACCUAUGAAGCCACCACCUCUAUUCCAUUCCUCGCCGUGUGCACCGGAUGCCGACCCUGCAGCCGUCAAAAUAGCACUCCUGAGCCCCUUGCAGUCUCUCGCGGCUAGCAGUCAGAUGACUGAGGACAUAUCAGACUUCGAAUGCGACCAUGACGACUCCGACGACGACCACGAGCCACCGAAGCGCCUUAAACAACUCACCCACCGGGGAAUGGGAGCCCAGCUCUUCCAGCGCCAGCUGGGAGGCAUGCCGCGCGCAGGACGUUCUUACCUGUCGACACCAACGUCCGGUUGGCGCUCAGAGACGGCAAACUUCAGUUCAGGCCCAACCGAUGCCCACUACUGUUCUAGCCACGAGGGCUUGGCUAGGUGCAUUCCGUUUUGCACAGCCUCGUGUAAUACGAACAGCCUGGUUGCCGUCGGGGACGAGGAAGGACGUGUACGCUUGCUGGAUUCCUCCUCCAACGCACGCUUCGACAAGAUUCACCUGUGCUUCCAGGUACACGGCAACGCCAUCAUCGACAUGGCUUUUUCUGAAGACGACCGCCGGCUGGCAACAGCCUCGGGCGACCAGAGUGGUAAGGUGGUCGAUAUGAUGACGCAGACGCCCAUCUCCAUCCUGGGCCAGCACACUGCUUCCCUCAAGCAGGUCCGCUUCCAACCUGGCCAGUCGCAGGGAAACGUACUGGCGACUUCGGGCCGCGAUGGAAGCAUCCAAAUCUGGGACCUCCGAUGCAAUGGUGGAACAGCCGUCAUGGACCCCAUCGUCUUGGAGCGAGAGGCGGGCUUGCAGUUCACGACCAUGCGCAAGAUCAGCACCGGCUGUGUCGUCAACUCCUUCUUCGGCGCACACGAGGCCAUGCCGCGCCACCAGACCCGCUCUGUCGGCCUGCUGGCCCCGACUACGACGUCGAUCGAUCACCAGACAGACACAGCCUCCAGGGGCGAGGUGCCUGGUCGCAUUAGCGAAGUUUCAGUGACGGCUCUGCAGUGGCUGCCCUCGGGCCGCGAGCACCUCCUCCUGUCUGGUUGUGAGGCCGACGCGUCUAUCAAGCUGUGGGACAUCCGCUCUAUCCACACCAGUCGCAACCAUCGCGCGCCCACGCCCCUCAGCUACACGGCCACGCCCGCCUCGCAUACCAGCUGGCGGCACUUUGGCAUCUCGUCCCUGACCCUCUCCACCAACGGCUCCAGGCUGUAUGCCCUCUGCAAGGACAAUACUGUCUACGCCUACAGCACGUCCCACAUGGUCCUCGGUCCCGCUCCAGGAAGCGCGCCGGUUAAGCGCCCCAAACACGCUCCCGCGGACGAGCUCCCUGGCCCGCUGUAUGGCUUCCGCCACCCCAGCCUCCACGCCACCUCCUUCUACGUCAAGUCAUCCCUGCGCCCACUGCGCGGCGGCCGGAGCGAGCUGCUGGCCGUUGGCAGCGCCGACAACUGUCCCGUCCUCUUCCCCACCGAUGAGCGCUACUUCGAGCAGGAGCUCGAGGCCGCUAGACUGGGCAGUAAGAACAACAACCCGGACGCGACUAUGAUGUCGUCGUCCUUUUCCCGCCCGGCGACGGCGCGCAGGCCGGCGCUCUCCCGCACGAGCUCCUUCGCGGCCCGCUCGGGGGGCGCUGGUGGCAGCAACAAGGAUGAUAUCCCCAUCAUCCGCAACGUGGGCGGCCGGCCGCUCGGCACGCCGCUGGUGCGCGGGCACGAGAGAGAGGUCGGGUCUCUGUCAUGGACGUCCGAGGGCAACCUGGUCACCGUAGGGGAUGACUUUAUGGUGCGGUGCUGGUCCGACGGCGAUGGCCACGUUGACAUGGGAGAGGAUGAGGAGGAGGGAGGCGACAAGGUGGCCAGACCCAGCGCCCGUGAGCUGAGGACCAAGGGCGAGGGCGAGGGCCGGAGAUGGGGUUGUGGAUGGGCCGAUGUUGGCAGUGACUGGGACGCCGACGAGGAGGACGAUGUCGACGAGUGGUGA